AUGACGGGACCAGCCGGGGGCCCUACUGCCCUCCGGACCCGAGGAUGCCCCACUGGGCCCCGCCCCGCCCCGCCCCGCCCCGCCCCGCCCCCGCCUGCCCUGCGGGCGGGGAGGUUUGACUCUGCCUACGGCCGCCGCCCGGCCGCGUGUCUUUCCCCGGAACCGCGAAGAUCCCGGGGCCAUGUGGAAGGCUGCCCAGGCCGUGCUCGGAACCCCCGGGAUCCCCCUCCCCCUCCGGAGGUCGAUGUCCACAUCGGCCCUUCUCUUCCAGAAGGCUGCGACCCUGACCGUCACGCCUACGACUGGGCUGGCCGACGAGCUCCUGGACAUGAAAGUGGCUUAGGCCCGAGGGAGCGGGUGACCCUGCGAGCGUCGGCCGUCAGCUACCGAGGCCGUCUCUUCCACUCGCUGGCCCACUACGAGGCGGACGGCCACGGGGGCUCGGACCUGGCCAGGGACCCGGCUCUGGGCGGCGACUUCACGGGCGUGGAGCCCUUGGGGCUCCUGUGGAGCCUCACGCCGGUCGGCUCAGAGGAUCCCUGCUUCAGCCAGAUGCCGAGGGGCGUGAUGAAAAGCCCCCUCAAAGUGGAGGGGACCGUCCACCAUGCGCCGCGGCAGCCGGCGGUGUCGCUGGGCCCGGCGCUGGCCUCCGCCCAGGUGCAGCGCUGGUUCUCCAGCCCUGAGCUGCGCCGUGCUCGGCUGCAGGCCGGCCGCCUGCGCCCCGGGGCGUCUUCUUGCUGCCCCCGGGUGCGUGAGGUCUUUUCCGCAGAGGGCUUUGCAUGGAUUUAGGAAGUCGAUUUCUGAAAGCUGACUUGCUCUGCUGGCUAAUUUAUCUUCUGAAAACAAAGCGGGCGCCUUAAUUCCUUUAUUUUGUCGCCCUAGACACCAGAUUUAUCUGAUACUUUUAUUGGAAUAACACAGAAGAAUAUAUCUGAAAAAUACUAGGAGGCAAUUGGCUGAGACAUUCUUCUCUUGGAAUGGUGAACAAUGGGAAUGUUGAAAGAGAAAUAACAUCACCAUUAGAAGGAAAUAGUUUGACAUUUUACUCCCUUUCCACUGUGAGGGAGCAAGAAUUUACUGUCCCCUUCAAGGUCCUUCUAGCUGGAUUAAGAAUCAAGUUGACAUGAGACGGAUUAAGAGGAGAAAAUGAAAUUUAAUUUUGUAUGUAUGGGGAAUCCACAGACAUGGAAAUUCCAAAGACAGUCAGGCAAAACAAGGAGACGGUCCUUUUCCUGGUUUGAUUGAUAUGUUUGGUGAUGGAGCAUUAAAUGAAUCUCAAGCUAGUCUCCUGGCUUGUCGAGGUUUUGCUACUUUGGCUUUGCCAUUUUUUGGCUAUGAAGAUCUACCUCCAAUCAUGAAGGACUUAAAUUUAGAUUACUUUGAGGAGGCAGCUAAAUUUGUGCAAAGUCACCCAAAGGUUAAAGGUCCAAACAUUGGAGUGAUUGGUUCUGGCAAAGGGGCCGAGCUGGCAUUUUCCAUGGCUAGCUUUCUCCCAAAUAUAGCUGCAGUUGUGAGCAUCAGUGGCUGCAUCUCUAACACAACUACUGCCCUUACAUGUGGUAGAUUCAUCCUGCCAGGACUGCCUUUCAACCUAGACAAAGUCUCUGCCAUGGAUUCAGGAGUUUACGAUGUUAAAGAAGCACUGGAUGACCCCUUGGACCCAGCCUACUGGGAAAGCCGUA